AGCACCCCGAAUGCAAAAUCAAACGUGGUACCGGUCUUUGCAACACCUACCAAAGCAGUGGGCUUCAAUGUCCUCACCCCAGGCAGAGCCGCAGAUCGAUCCGCGCGGAGGAAGAGCGCAAGAGCCCUGAUAGACCGAGUUGUUGGCGACGGGGACAGCGACGACGACGACCAGCUCGGGGCCGACAUCACGCGGCAGAUUUACGAGUCGAGCGAUGCCGAGGAUGAAGAUGAUGGCGAGGACGAGCUCGAAGAGAGAACAGACGGCGAAUCAGCGGGAUUGGCACACGGCGACCCUGCUACGCCUUCGAAAACACCAGCUCGGCGAAAAGCAAGGGCCAAGAGAGCGAGAUCUCCAACGCCGCCGCGGGAUCUGCCUCCUCAUGAGCUGUACUUUCUACAUAACAAGCCUGGCCGGCCCAAGACGUCGGAUAACACGCUGGCGUCUCUCAACUUGCUCUCCCACGACGAGUACUUUAGCAUCUUACGCAAUCACCAAGAUCGCCAUGCCGAGAACAUCGAAUAUCUCGAGUCCUUGCACGCUGAAUCUUUCCCACAAUGGGCCUUUGAGCUAUCACAGGGCUUCAGCAUAUGUCUCUUUGGCCUAGGUUCCAAGAGACCUCUGCUACACAAGUUUGCCACCUACAUCCAUUCCAACAACAAAAGCAGCAAACCAGCCGGCAAGAUCGUCAUGGUCAACGGCUACGCCCACACCACAAACCUCCGCGAAAUCCUCAGCGUCGUCGCCUCCGCCAUCGAUCCCAACCAAAGGAUCCCAACCGCCCAGCCUGCCAUCAUGAUACAAAGCAUCGCCUCUCUUCUCCUAUCCGCCGCCCCCAAACUCACCCUCACCAUCAUUGUAAACUCCAUCGACGCCACGCCCCUCCGCAAGCCGGGCUCUCAGGCCGUCCUCGCCCAGCUUGCAGCCCUCCCGCAAGUCAACCUGAUAUGCUCUGCCGAUACUCCCGACUUCACGCUGCUAUGGGACAUUGGCGUCCGCUCAGACUUCAACUUUGUGUUCCACGACUGCACUACUUUCUCUCCCUUCAAGGUCGAGCUGGACGUCGUGGACGACGUGCACGAGCUUCUCGGCCGACAAUCACAGCGCGUCAACGGCCGCGAAGGUGUCGCCUUUGUUUUGAAGAGUCUUACGGAAAACGCAAAGAACCUGUUUCGUCUCCUUGUUGGCGAGGUUCUCAUCGCAAUGGAAGACGAAGGCGACGAGGAUGUCGGUCUCGAGUAUAGGAUGGUAUACAACAAGGCCGUUGAGGAGUUCAUUUGCAGUUCCGAGAUGGCUUUCCGGACACUGCUCAAAGAAUUUCACGACCAUCAAAUGUUAACAAGCCGCAAAGACAACCUUGGAACAGAGCUAUUAAGCCUGCCUUUCAGGAAAGAAGACCUCGAAGCCAUUUUAGAAGAUUUGACU